CCUAAAACUCCGUCGUAAUAACCUAGUUGUUGUCUGAUUAUGGAGCUCUGUAGAGAAUAUCUGUUGUGAAAUUGUCGUCAGAGACACAGAGCGCUCAAUCUGGCCUUUUGUCUCCUCGCGGUCAGGUAGAGAAGGGGGCGGAGCUACAGAAGGAGCCGCUUGAUAUCGGACCGCUCCAGACGUCCCGCACAACCGGGAGGAGGACUGAGCUGCGGGUCUACGCCACGCCGCCCUCGUGCUCCGUCCUCGCGCGUCCGAUUGGGGUUUAAGCCAGAAGCGGCUUUCUGUGGUCCAGUCUGCGCCCGGUCCGUCUGACAGGAGAAUGAGAGAGUCCUGCUGACACACAGACAGACACCACGGAGAGACACACACCGAGACCGAGUAUGGCUGUGGACGCGGCGUCCAGCUUCAGUUUUUGCCGUGCCUCCCUGGAGCACACAGUGUCUGCUGAGGAACUGAGCUACCAGCUGCCGCGUCACGCCGGAGGUAACAAUCUGACCUGGCACGACAGUCACGGGCAGAGGACAGGACACACGCGUGCCGUCAAACUGCUUCAGCAGCCCGGCACCGAGGGCAUCCAGCUGCAUCCAGGUGAAGCCUUCACUGUUUACCACACCAGUCCUACGCUGUCCACUUUGUCUAAACCUGUGGUGCUGUGGACUCAACAGGAUGUCUGCAAGUGGCUUAAGAAACACUGUCCUCACAACUACCUGACCUAUGUAGAGGCCUUUUCCCAUCACGCCAUCACAGGACGAGCGUUAUUGCGCCUAAAUGGGGAAAAGCUAGAGAGGAUGGGAAUUGUCCAGGAGUCUCUGCGACAGGAGGUUCUCCAACAAGUCCUCCAGCUACAGGUCAGAGAAGAAGUCCGCAACCUGCAGCUCCUUAGCAGAAACAGCUUUGAGCUUCCUUUGGAAAUUACUCUUAGCUCAGCUUUGGAUCUGUUUGGCAGCCCUUCUCCUCACCCCCCAUCACAAUGCGUCUCUAGGAGCCGUGGAAAAGCUGCUGUAUUCAGAUAUGUGAGCAGAGAAUCGACAAGUGAAAGGGAAGAGGAUGAGCCUCCACACUACGUGCCAGCUGGUUUGGAGGAUUCUCAUUCAUCCCGGCCAAUGUGGUUUACAGACUCAGAGACAAAGCCCCGUUCAAGGCAGGGAUACCCACUUUAGCCUAAUGAUCCGACGAAGCAUCCAUUGGCCCGAUAAUCAUUUAGAUCUGAUGCCAGUUUGAUCUUGAAAGGUUAUCAUUGGGAUUUGUGUCUCAUGUGGUUCAGGCUGAUAUUACAGCUUCAACUGAAAUUUGACUUUGAGUUAUGGAUUCAAUAAUUAGGAUUCAUAGCACUAAUAAAUUAUUUUCUGACAUGGUUUAAGUUCAGUGACGCCAUACGAAUGAAUUAUUGCAUUAUGAUAAAAAUCCAGAUUUAAAUUUCAAGUUCUAACUUUUUGAAACUCACAUAAACAGUGCACAAAUAAAGUAAAUCCUAACGGAAUCCCUGUAUGAAGACUAAAAAAGCAUAAUUAAUGUCACUAGAUAGAUAGACUUUUUUUAAAGCAAAGAAAAAUUGUACUUUUUUUAACCUGUACAUGCUUUUUAAUUGUACAUUAUUAUUAUUGCCUGUUGUUGCAUAUCAUAACUGUUAUCCUCCAACUCAGAAAAAACAUGGAUGACUCUCCACCUUCGUCUUCGUCAUCUCCUUCUGAUCACCGUUUCUGUGGAUGAAUCAGGGCAGUGACCCAGAAAAGAGACAGCUCCUGUACAAACUGAUCAAAACAUUUCCAACUAAGAGAAUUCUAUUAACUAUCUAAUCAGAAAGCAUUUUUUAAAAUUGUCUUAUUUUUUUAUCAUUUUGAUUGUUUUAAUAAGUCUGAUGUCACUAUGAAAAGAAAGCUUUUUGUACUGAGACUUACCUGCAGGAUGCCAGUGAGCUAGCAUUGUCGAGUUCCAUGUACUUUAUACUGUGAUACUGUAAUAUUGUAGCAGUAAUUUAGUGUUUUAUUGAAUGAUUGGUUCAUGUAUUUAUUCUAGGACUUAACAUAAUAAUCAUUGGAGAAAUGCGACACCUGAAGAAAAUAUUCUUAAUUAUAUAAAAUGCAACUCUAUACUGUAGACAAACAUGAUUUUUUUUAAAAAGAAAAACAUUUCCAGAAGGCUGAAGUUAUUCGCAUGUAUUUAGGUGCAAAUAGCAGGUUGCAUUUUGUUGGCCAUUUGGUGGUUUAACCCUAACUGCAAUGGUAAUCUAACCUUAACCCGUCCUCUGGGUCCGUGCGGCCAAGAAAAAAGUUCAGAGCUGGAUGCUCAUAUUUCAAAAAUUACGUGCGAAUAGUCACUUUCUUUUCAAAAAGCAAAAACUUUAUUUCUGUCCGUCUUCUGACACGUUGUCUUUGGAUAAUGUACUUUACUGACUGUUAGAAGAAAAAAAACUCAGUUAUUUUUAAAUUACUGGAUAAUCUGUAAAUAUUUACCAUUUUCAGUUUACUUCGAUUAGCUGUUCAAAAUGGAUGAAAACUUUAAAAUUUCUUUCACUUUAUAAUACAUGCAUAUAUUCGUAUGUACGAAAGGACAGCUGACUUUUUGAAUAAACCAACUGAAAUGAA